AACUGUACUGCCACCUUUUGGAGGAAGUUGCAUCUAGAUACUUGAUCUGCGACAAAAUACAAAUUAGUUGAAAUUUUGCAUACAAAGAUGGCAGUGUAGCUGUUGUUAUAAAAUAAUAAGGGAAUGCGCACAAUGUGCAUAGAGUAAUUUUUGUUUGUUUGUUUGUUUGUUUUUGCGACUGUAUUCGGUUAUUGAUGUGGUUAAGUUUUUGCAUAUGGUAAUGUGGUAUCUACUGCACUUUUUAUCACAAUGUUUACACACACACGCGUCAUUUGCUUCGUGGAAACGUUCGUUCUUGCAUUCUUGCAUAUCUUGUGGUGGAAUCCGUGUGUUGCCAACCUAGUAAUUGUGUGUCGUAAUUUUGUGUAGGGUCCUGUCCAGGUUCUGUCAGUCAUUGCAUCAGUUCUAUAGAACUCUUCCCAUAUUUCCUCUCUUUUUUGUUUUCUUUCUUUGAUAACUUCCUCUGAGUUUUUUGUGCUUGGCAGUUGAUAUCUGAGUUCUUCUAAUAGGAAAUUUUCCUUACAGAGUUCGUAUGUUAGUCUGGAUUGUGUGUUCUUAGGAAGCCCUAGCGCUAGUUUAAGGUAUCUUGCCUUCACUUGUUCUAUUUUCCGCAGGUUUUGUUUGGAUAGUUUUUCCCAGGUUAUCUCUAUGCCAUAUAGUAGUAUGGGACAAAUUUUUGCAUGGAAUAUUUUCAUUGCUGUUUCUAGCGAUAAUAGUUGCAGGUUUCGGAUGGUGUAUAUAGCUUUGAUGGCUGCUGUGCAUUUUUCUGUUAUGUGUGCUGUGAAUGUUGUAGAUGUAGACUGCAGUGUUAAGCCGAGGUAUUUAUAUUGUUUUACUGAUUUUAUGUGUUCUCCAUUAAAUUUUAUUUCAUCAUUUUUUCCUUUUUUUCCUCCUUUUCUGAAAGUCAUUAGUUGGGUUUUGUUUUUAUUUAUUUGAAGUUUGUUUUGUCUUGCCCAGCUCUCCAGUGUAGUGGAGGCUUCCUGUAGCUCCUCAAUAUUUUUUCCUCCAAUUGUCCUAUCGUCUGCGUACAUAAUUAAUUGUACCCUAGUGUGUUUUUCCAUUGUUUUGGCCAAGUCUGCUGUUGUAAUAUUGAAUAGUAAUGGGCUGAGGGGGUCCCCUUGCAGUACGCCAUUUGUUUGGGUUAUUUCUUCGGAUUCUGACACCGUGUCUUUUAUUAUGAUUUUAUUGUUUUUGAGGAUGUCUCCUAUUAGUCUUGUUGUUGUGUUCUCUUCACCUACUAUUUCCCUCAGUUUUGUUGUGAUUAUACUCCUGUCAAGUAGGUCGAAUGCCUUGCUAUAAUCUAUGAAAACUACAUGGUAUUUUCCUUGUGGGUGGCUUAAUGCUUCUUCAAUUGCUUCUAGUAGUGCUGUGAUGGCUUGUAUCGUUGAUCUUUGUGGCCGGAACUGUUGUUAUCAUGGUCGUUACGGUCGUCACGUCUUUACAUCAGCUGAUUGCAAAAGAAAAGGAAAUAUGGCGUCUGCUCCAGAGACUAUUUCUAGUAAUCUAGGUAAAAUAUUAAUUAUUCGUGCAGGAAUAGCUGGCCUGUCUGCUGCUGGUCACCUAGUUAAAAAUUGCAUUACAGAUUUCAAAAUAUUAGAAGCAAGAAAUAGGAUCGGAGGAAGAAUAGUGUCAACAAAUACAGGUAACCAUAAAAUCGAGCUGGGCGCAAAUUGGAUACACGGUAUUCUAGGAAAUCCUAUGUAUUUGAUUGCGAUGGUAAUCGGUUUAAUUGAUAUUGCACAUGUUCCCUCGCCACAUAAAGUAGUAGCUGCUACCGAAGAAGGAAAACAAAUACCAUUUCAAGUGUUGCAGGAACCAUAUGACGCAUAUGUUUGCUUUUUUCGUCGCUGUGAAGAAUACUUCCUAUGUCAUUACUCGCCUCCAACAGGUAUUAACAGUGUGGGUGAGCACAUAUCUCUUGAAGCAGCAUUAAAUCUUGACAGGUCAUCUAACGACGCGGAACGGCAUUUACGCCAGCCUAUCUUCGACUGUUUACUGAAACGUGAAACGUGCAUCACAGGCUAUCACAGUAUGGAUGAGAUCGACUUACUAGAAUUGGGUAGCUACACAGAACUCCAAGGUGGUAAUAUUGUUCUUCCGUCUGGAUACAGCAGUAUUCUCAAACCUGUUUCAAGAGAGAUCCUGCAGGGAAACGUCUGUAAGAGAUGAGUUGUCACAACAAUACGGUGGCGUUACGCAGAUGAAUCUAUAUCUGCCGACAUCACAAGUCGUGGUGGGGACUCUGGAAUUGACGUCCUUGCCAGUGGUGACUCUCGGAAUGAGUCUGAUGAUUCAGACAGAACAGUGACUGGUGAACAGCCAAGAAGAGCGUCAGAAGUGUCUAGUCGUGUUGGUAGCAGUGAAAAAGAAUUUCAAUCUACUGUUACAGAAGAUCAUAAAAACUCGUGUACAAAUUUAGAACAGUGUGAGAAAGGUUGCGAAGAAACGUCAGAAGAUAACAGUGAAAAUAAAGCAACGAACACAAGUGAAAGUGGUGAAACCUCGUCAGCUUCUUUCUGUCAGAGGCAUAAUCGUGAUGGUAAUAGUGAAUCGUCUCAGUCAAAAUCCGUUUAACUAAUACCAAAUGCUGAAAUUGUCUGUGAAGAUGGGUCACAUUACUAUGCAGAUCACGUGAUUUGCACCGUUCCACUUGGAGUGCUUAAGGAGAAAGCUGCGACUCUUUUUUCACCUCCAUUGCUUCAGUACAAACUUGACUCCAUUGACAGGCUGCAAUUUGGUACAGUAGACAAAAGCAUCUUGGAAUAUGACAGACCAUAUAACCUAAGUAACACUUUGUACCGCAAGAUCUACUCUUUCUCCAAACUGUCAGAGAUGCUGUUGCUCGGCUGGAUCUCGGGUCGGGAAGCCAAAUAUAUGGAGACAUUGACCCAUGACCAGGUGGCUGACACACGCACAGAUAUCCUCAGGAAGUUCCUUAGUGACCCCUUCAUACCAAAGCCAAAACUCUGCAUAUGCACAAGUUGGCACAAACAGCCAUACACAAGAGGUUCAUACACCGCGAUGGCUGUUGGGGCUAGUCACCUUGACAUAGAGCACAUAGCGCAACCUCUUUAUGCGAACCCACAGCAGGAUAAGCCAGUUGUGCUAUUUGCUGGUGAACACACACACAGCAACUUCUACUCCACAGUACAUGGAGCAUAUCUCACUGGUCGUAGCGCUGCACAGGUUUUGCUGAGCCAUCAGUCUCCACAGGAACUUGUAAUGGAAUAUCAAGGUACCAGUGACUUGAGUUCAUGGAUACAGGGCAUUUCGCUGGACUGAGCCUCUGGACGUGAACUGAAGUGUACUUGGUGCAGCAAGGCAGAGUCAUUGUCUUCGAUUGUCUGAUUGCAGUUGUAAGUGCAGUUCAUCUGGCCAUCAUAUCCAACUGGCGUAUGGUAGUUUUAUUUAAAUACAGUGGCAGAAAACUGUAGGGCUCACUGGUAAACCUGAUAGAUAUGUAUUGUGAAAUGUAAUGUGAAACUUUCAUGAUAUUUGAGGUUUUCAUUGUGUCAUCUUCUGGGUAUAAUAUUAUACGAAGGAGUAAAAAUAGCAUUGACAUUUUGAAUUUGUUACGUUAUCUUUAGAAUCAACCCUGAAAUUGUAUUUUUAUUUCUUGAUGCUGUGCUAUACCCAAAAGAUUAUGCAGCAAGUGUAAAUAUUUUUGUUGAACAUGACUUAUCCACCAAAUGUUGAGGUUUCCCUUGCAUCCAGCUGAAUAGGAACCUUUUCUCCCAUAUAUCUGAAGAUGGAAACAGAUGUACUUCGCAGAUCAUCAUGUUCGAGAAAACUGAAGAUGGAUGUCUAAAAUAGUGGUCAUGUCUACUAUAAGAUAACACUUACAGAAACAAUUACGCUUGUUGUAAAUAUAUUUGUUUCUAACUAUACUUGUUCGUAUGCUUCACUUCCUAUAGCAUUACCCACAUCAAAGUGGUAUUCCUAUUUCACAAUCAGUGUUCGAAGACCUGUGCUCAACAUUGCAUAAUUAAACAGUUUAUAAAGCCUCAUUAAAUGCUAACUCAUACUGAGUUCUCUUGGGUUAUGACACUUGGUAUUCUGGUAGGUUUAUGCCAUCUUCAGGGUUUAACUACCUGCCUGAACAUGGAUACACCAAAGAUGAAAGUUAUAUAUUCCUCUGAAAAACUGGUAACCAGACUACACGGUGUUGCAACUCACAAGAUCACAAUAUGAAUCCUCAUGACAGUGAAAACCUCAGAUGUUAUGUAUUGGUAAUACAUCAGGUAAGCAGCAUUUCUACAAAUUCUUUAGUAUUUAUUUACUGUCCUUGUAUACAAAAGACCUAAGUUAAUUUCUCAGAGUGAUUAGAACACAUAAUCAGCAACUAAACGCUUUCAAGUGUUCAAAGAAUUGAAUUAGAUUAUUUAUUGUAACUAAUAAGACUGAUAUACAGAAUUUAUGUUCCUUUA